AUGCCUUCAAGACUGGAGCAGCACAGACGCCUCGGGGAGCCGAUUCUCUUCGUCUUCACAACGUCCGGACCGGCUGAGACUGCUCGCUUGGCCCUUUUCACUUUGUCGCAUUCGGCGGUCGUCGGU